GUGUGUACAUACUGGGGAGUAAUUGGAUGAUUAUUGUUUGUUUCCUCUUUCUGUGGUAAAUGAUAUUUUAUAAAUAUGCUCCAAGAGUGUCCGUGCUACAUAGUCGCAUCUUUCCACUGCACGAUAGUAGACACACCAGCCGCUCAAACAAGGUAAUGUCUAAUUUAUCACCAUUAUUUCAUCAGAUUUUAUUAGAUUUUUUACUCCUUUGUUAGUCAAACUUUACUCUGAUGCAUAUUUUUCUAGACAGGGUUUUAUGCUACACGACACACAGUGUGCUUUCAUUUGAGAAUAUUUUCAUUUACUGACCUUUUUUUUUUACUUUGUGAUUUAGAUAUGAACGAUUAACAGUACUCCAUGGCAGGAUAAUUUUCCCAAAAAAGGAACUGAUAAAAUGUCCUGUUUUGAAAUGUCUCAUUGAAGAAUUGCUAAUGAAUGUAUUUAUUUUCAGUCGUUUUAUUUUUACAUGACUGGUAUAUUUUCAUGAUGAUCCUCGUUAGCAAUAUUAUGUCUUAUAAAAAGUCACAGAAACAGUCAGAAUGAUGUAUAACGUAAUUUGGUUUUUGAAUGAAUAUCAAUCUAAGAAUCAAACAAUUAAACCUGUGAUUAGUUUAUUUGUUGAAACUGUUUACUUAUAUGCUUUUAACCUUCGCAAUAAAAAUCAAGUGUGAAUUGAGCUUUUAGCAUUCUAAAUUGACUGCAGACGCAAUUAGUACAAUGUAUAAUAUUUGUCUAAUAGUUACAUUGUGUUGUAUUAUUUUUACAGACCUGAAAUAUGAGGUACCUCAAUGUUUUACUGUUAGUUGUAGCCGGCAUCGCUAGCGUCACUGCUUUUGGUAAACAUUACGGUGGCUACAUGGGGUAUGGUUCACUGUUUGGCGGUAUAAGAUAUGGAUAUCCACAUUAUGGCUAUGGUAAAAUGCUUGGCGGCUACGGAUAUGGUUCAUAUUACGGUGGAUAUAAAGGCGUUGGUCAUGGGUAUGGCAGAUACGGCUAUCCAUAUUCUGGGAUUGGCUACGGGUCUCUUUAUGGCGGUCUCGGCUAUGGGUCCUUGUAUGGCGGAUACGGCCAUGGUUCCUUGUAUGGCAAACACGGUUAUGGAUCUCUCCAGGGGAGUUAUCGUGGAUAUGGUUUUCCGUAUAGGUACAGAUAUGGAAAAUAUCCUCACCGUUAUUCCAUUAAGAAGUACGGAUACGACUACUGA